CGUCAAGCCACGUUCUUCCUUCCUUCUCCAUACAAACGGACGUGAACUGAGUGAAGUCGGGCCAGUUUUGUUUAUAGCGGCUCUGCAGAUCUGAUUUGAAGCUGAUCUCAAACACCCUCCAUUUCUUCUCCCCUUUCUUUCUCGCUCGCUGGCUGGCUCGGUGAGUCGCUUAUCUAAGUUCUCGUUCGUUUUCUCUGUUCCAAUUUUUUUAGGUCUCAUUAAGGCUUAAGCGCUUGUCUGGAUCGGCGGCUCAGAUCCGGCUAGCUCAGAUCCAGAGCUCAUCUCUAUUUCUCAUCAGCUCCCUUUUUCUUCGCCUUCCCAAAAUUUUCCCUCCCUCUCUGUGUUCCCUCUCUUUUCUCUGCUCCUUCUUCACUUGUCUGCAAAUGCUGAGGAGCUUGAAGAAAGCAGAAACAGGCACAAACUUCAAUUAGGGCUGGUCUAAAUCGACAGUCCCCCGACUCGAAGAUCAUUUUUAUUGUAGAUUUUCGAUUCUGGGCUUGUACAAAUUUGGGUUCUUUUCGAGUCUGGCUUCUCAGAACCCUGUGGGGGUAAGACUCAGGAUCGAAGGGGGACGAUUGGGAGUGUACUUUUAACUUUUAAGCCUUCAUUUCUCUUCAACUUCUGGAGGUAAGAGCUUAACCAAAGCCUCGGUCUUUGAAGGGUUUGAAUCUAUGUUGUUAAUUUGGGUUGUAAUGGCUGAUUGGUGGGUGUAAUGUCUUAGACAGGAAAUGCUGUGACUGAGAAAAGCUGCUUUUGCUUGCUUGCUGCUAACCUCACAUGGACUGGAAUGCUAGUAACGCUUUCAAAACUUACAAAGAAAUGGAACCAAAAUCCGUGAUGGAUAUGUCACUCAUUCAACAAGUUGAUCCAGCCGACAUUGCUCUAGGCUCUUCGGAAAGGGGAAACAACUCUAUAGUCCACACAAAGCGAAAGAAGACAAUGACAUCAGUUUUCCUCAAGUACUUCGAAACUGCUUUAGAUGGCAAGAGUAGAAAGUGCAAGUUCUGUGGACAAAGCUAUUCCAUUGCCACCGCCACAGGCAAUUUGGGAAGGCACCUCAGCAACCGCCACCCGGGCUACGACAAACCCGCCAUUGUAGUAGACUCAGUCUAUGCCGCAUCAGCGCCACCACAUCAGCAACCACAACCCAUCACUGUAAUCAAGAAGGCACAACCUGAAACCAAAGCACAAAUCGACAUUGACCAUCUCAAUUGGCUGCUCAUCAAAUGGGUAGUCGUGGCUUCACUUCCACCUUCAACCAUGGACGAGAAAUGGCUGACUAACUCAUUCAAAUUUCUUAACCCAUCGGUAGAACUCUGGAACGCAGAGAAGCACAAGGCAGUGCUCCAAGAUGUCUUCAGAAGCAUGCAGGAAGACGUGAGGGCCUCUCUGGACCAGGUUUCUUCUAAGUUCUCGGUAAGCCUCGACUUUUGGAAUUCGUACGAACAAAUCUUCUACAUGAGCGUAACGUGCCAUUGGAUCGAUGAGCAUUGGUGCUUUCAUAAGGUUCUACUCGAUAUAUGCCGUGUACCUUACCCUUUUGGAGGUUCUGAGAUGUACCAGUGCCUGACCAAGGUUCUCAAGAUGUAUGGACUGGAGGACAGGGUGUUAUCUUGUACUCAUGAUAAUAGCGAGACAGCCGUUCAUGCUUGUCAUGUGCUGAAGGAUGACUUGGAUGACCUUAAAGCAGGGCCGUUUUGCUAUAUUCCUUGUGCUGCUCACAGUUUGAAUAUGAUUAUUGAUGAUGGGUUGAGGACGACAAAACCAAUGAUCUCUAGGGUACGGGAGCUUGUGCUAGAGAUGAAUUCAUCGGUUGAGAUGUUGGAUGAUUUUGUUCAGUUGAACUCGGCAUACCAGGAAGGCAGCAGUUGGAAGUUUCCUCUUGAAACUUCAACAAGAUGGAGCGGGAAUUACCAGAUGCUUGAUCUUGUGCGGAAGGCUGGUAAAUCUGUGGACGGUGUCAUGAGGAAGUACGAAGAAGUUUUAGGCAACAGGAUGACAUUAGGUUCUACAGAGAAGAAUGCAAUCACUGUUGUUCACGGAUUUCUGGAGCCCUUCCACAAGACAACAAACGACAUAUGCACAAACAAGUUCCUCACAGUUGGUUUAGUUCUCUUCUUCAUGGACCACAUUUCUGAGACGAUCAGCAUGUGCAGAGAAUCUCGCCACUCUCCAGAAUGGUUCAAAACUGUGGCAGAAGAUAUGGCCAAGAAGGCCAGAAGUUACAGCACCCAAGUCUGCAACUUAUUCACCUACAUGACUGCAAUCCUUGACCCGCGUAUAAAAACUGAGCUCAUCCCCGAGAGCCUCAGCUCGGGAGGUUACUUAGAAGAAGCAAGAGCACACUUCGUAAGAAACUACUCCACAACCCAUUUUGGCCCAUCGAUGGCGGGUGGGUAUGGUGUGCAGUCGCAGGAGAUUGAAGACAGAGGACACGCGAAUGUUUCUUUUGCCGAGGAGAUUGUGCGAAAGAGACGAAGAGCUAGUAUGAGCAAUGCGACUGACGAACUUACUCAGUACCUUACGGAGGCCCCAGCACCAAUACCGACUGAUGUUCUGGAGUGGUGGAAGGUGAACAGCACACGCUACCCUCGACUCUCAGUGAUGGCCAGAGAUUUCCUGGCAGUGCAGCCUACCUCAGUUGCGCCUGAGGAAGUGUUCUGUGGGAAAGGUGAGGAGGUUGAUAAGCAGCGGUUCUGUAUGCCACAUGAUAGCACACAAACCGUGCUUUGUGUUAGGUCAUGGAUUCAGAAGGGGAUCAAGUUUAAGUACAGAUCAACUGAGAUUGACUACGAGAGGUUGAUGGAGAUGGCCGUGGCUGCAGCAGCGGCAAGUAACAACGUUAGCAGUUCGGACAAGAAAGAAAACUGAUAUAGGUAGGACAUCGAAGAAUUGAGGCUACAGACGUGAUUAGCUUCCCUCAUGUUGUAGACUUGUUGUAACUUGUAGACAACCAUUUGUUUUAGUUUGUCUAUUGUUGUAGUAUGUAAUGCUUGUACAUGUGCAAAUACAGUUGUUUCUAACAA